UUAGCUUGGCCGAAGACGACAUCAACGCCAACAUAACACAGAACACAGGCACUGAGCAGCAGUCCUAUACACAGCUGUGGUUGGGACUGUUGAGGCUGCCCAAGUUCAUGUUUAUUAUCGCGGAGGUGGUGGUGAUCUCCAUUGCGUACUCGUGCCUAGAGCCCGUGUUUGCGCCGCACCUCAACGAACUAUUUCCGGACAUGAAUGCGGGCCACAUAGGACUUGUGUUUAUCAUCCAGUCCACCUUUUACAUCUGCGGCACACUGGUAACCGGUCGGUUGGCGGACCGGUUUCAUCGGUUGUAUCUCAUGGCGUUCGGGUGCUUUGUCACCGUGGGAGGGUUUGGCCUGUUGGCGCCUUUCCCGCUGCUGCCUGUGACUCAGGCGCAUGUGUGGCCUGUGUGUAUGGCUAUGGUGUUGAUGGGUCUGGGCACAAGUCUGGCGUUGGUGCCGUCCAUGCCUCUGUUGGUGGAUACGGCGGUGGCUUCGCUGGGAGAAGAUGAUAAGGAGACGACUACGGAUAUUGUCUCUAGUUCCUUCAAUAUGGCCUUUUCUUUGGGUGAGACUAUUGGGCCAGUACUGGCUACUGCCAUCAGCAAACGUACCGACUUCCAGACCGCAAUGUGUUGUGUUGGAUGUCUCGUAGGGGUGUUUGGCGCUAUCAUGGUGGCUGUAGGCGUCAUCACGAAUAAAAAGACUAAGGAGAAGCACAGACUGGCACGUAAACACAGUAACAUCGUGAUGCAGAGAGCGCCUCAGCCAACGCUUAGGAGCCGCAGUUUCUCAUCAAUCCCAGGCACACCCCGGUCACGUGCCAAUGGAUCAUAUUCCAGGGUUCAAAGCACAGACCAAAACGUUUAGAACUUGGGCAACGUAUCGUAUUCCAGGGUUCCAAGUACCGACCAAAACGUUUAUAGUUUGGCAACGGUAAGGGUUACGUUUAUUGAUCGCGUGCGAUAGGUACUCCUCUACACAGAAGGCGUCUCAGUGCCUGUAACCUCGUUGCAGAUAAGAUGGGCUCUGGCCUCCCCUCCAAGUAUGAGAGCGUUAGCUUAGGGGUGUGCGGCACUAGGCAGAAACACACAGCUGAAGAUAAAGGAUGUGCACAUCCUUAGCUGGUGUGUGUGGUAUAGUCCCUAGCCUCCAGUGGACUAGCUCUAGCAGUGAUAUCGUCUUCGUAACAGCGCGUGUUUGCUGAUAUGGAUAUAGGCACACAUACAUGUGUAGGCAAUGGAAUGAGAAUGCUUGUAGCAUACCGACUACAAUACUGUACUAAGGAUUGCUGAUGCGUAUGUGCAUAAGUGUUGUUUGCUGAUAUGGAUACGGGCACACAUACAUGUGUAGGCAAUGGGAUGAGAAUGCUUGUAGCAUACCGA